UCAUGAGCCGAGCAGAGGCCGCCGAGGUCGCGGUGGCGGGGCAGGUGCCCUGGCGGCGCGGGAGCUAGAGAUGAUGCCAUUUGCGGUGACCACCCAAGGAGCACAACAACCGGCUCCCGCCCCGAAGCAGUUCGGCAUAUCGUCCCCCAUCAGCCUGGCCGCCCCCAAGGACACAGACCGCGAACUCACCCAGAAGCUGAUCGAGACCCUCCAGCCCUUCGGGGUGUUUGAAGAGGAAGAGGAACUGCAGCGCAGGAUUUUAAUUUUGCAGAAAUUAAAUAAUCUGGUGAAGGAAUGGAUCCGAGAAAUCAGUGAAAGCAGGAAUCUUCCACAAGCUGUAAUUGAGAAUGUUGGGGGGAAAAUUUUUACGUUCGGCUCUUACCGACUAGGAGUACACACGAAAGGUGCAGAUAUCGAUGCGUUGUGCGUUGCACCAAGACACGUAGAUCGAAAUGACUUUUUCACCUCCUUCUAUGACAAAUUGAAACUACAGGAGGAAGUAAAAGAUUUAAGAGCUGUUGAGGAGGCCUUUGUGCCGGUUAUCAAACUGUGUUUUGAUGGAAUAGAGAUUGAUAUUUUGUUUGCAAGAUUAGCAUUGCAGACUAUUCCGGAAGAUUUGGACCUACGAGAUGAUAGUCUGCUUAAAAAUUUAGAUAUUAGGUGCAUAAGAAGCCUUAAUGGUUGCCGGGUAACUGAUGAAAUUUUACAUCUAGUACCAAACAUCGACAGCUUCAGGUUAACACUGAGAGCCAUCAAAUUAUGGGCCAAAUGCCACAACAUCUAUUCCAAUAUAUUGGGUUUCCUUGGAGGUGUUUCCUGGGCUAUGCUAGUAGCAAGAACUUGCCAGCUUUAUCCAAACGCAAUAGCAUCCACUCUUGUACGAAAAUUUUUCUUGGUGUUUUCUGAGUGGGAAUGGCCAAAUCCAGUGUUGUUAAAAGAACCAGAAGAACGAAAUCUUAACUUGCCUGUAUGGGACCCAAGAGUGAAUCCUAGUGACAGGUACCAUCUUAUGCCUAUAAUUACACCAGCAUACCCACAGCAGAACUCCACGUACAAUGUGUCUGUUUCAACCAGGAUGGUCAUGAUUGAGGAGUUUAAGCAAGGGCUUGCUAUUACUCAUGAAAUUCUGCUGAAUAAGGCAGAAUGGUCCAAGCUUUUUGAAGCUCCAAGCUUUUUUCAAAAAUACAAGCAUUAUAUUGUACUUCUGGCAAGUGCACCAACAGAGAAACAACAUUUAGAGUGGGUGGGCUUGGUGGAAUCAAAGAUCCGAAUCCUGGUUGGGAGCCUAGAAAAGAAUGAGUUCAUUACUCUGGCACAUGUGAAUCCCCAGUCAUUUCCAGCACCAAAAGAAAAUGUUGACAAGGAAGAAUUUCGUACUAUGUGGGUGAUCGGGUUAGUGUUGAAGAAGCCAGAAAAUUCUGAAAUUCUCAGUAUUGAUCUCACCUAUGAUAUUCAGUCUUUCACAGAUACAGUGUACAGACAAGCAAUAAAUAGUAAGAUGUUUGAGAUGGAUAUGAAGAUUGCUGCAAUGCAUCUAAGAAGAAAGGAACUUCAUCAGCUACUUCCAAAUCAUGUUCUUCAGAAAAAGGAAACACAUUUAACAGAAGGUGUAAGAUUGACAGCUGUGAAUGACAGCAGUCUUCUCUUGUCUAUAGACAGUGAAAACAGCAUGACUGCACCUUCACCUACUGGCACUAUCAAGACAGGUCCACUGACUGGAAACCCUCAGGGCAGAAACAGUCCUGCUCUGGCUGUUAUGGCAGCAUCUGUGACCAACAUACAGUUUCCUGAUGUUUCCUUGCAGCAUGUGAAUCCCAUAGAAAGCUCGGGGAUUGCACUGAGUGAAAGCAUCCCUCAGAUUCCUUCACAACCUACCAUUUCACCACCACCUAAGCCUACAAUGACCAGAGUUGUUUCUUCAACACAUCUGGUAAACCAUCCAUCUGACCUUCAGGAAAUACAGCAACGAACAUACCCAAUCCUAUACUAGGAGUCUAGAAAACAUUCUCGCCUGAUAAGAAGAAAGGAACAAGAAACCCAACAGAAGGGAAGGAACCAGAUAGACGAGUCCAGCUUAGACACUACUCAGACAGCAGCUUCUCUGUUGGCCUCUCAGGAAACACCUGGGAACAGAUAAGCCCGGUAUCCCUGUUUUUCCUAGAGAUCCUAUUCCUUUUAUUGAGAGUUCAAUAAAACAGAUUGAAUGGAUAGAAACCACCUCAAAGGCCCUUACACAAAUUCUUGCAAAUUGAACUUGUCGCUUUCAGAUGUUAAAGGAAAAUGAGGGAAGCAGACUAGAUAUGACUCAAAAUAGAUUCAUACUCGAUUGGUAACUUUUUUUACUGGCCUAAUCUUGAACCCAAGUCCAGAUUAGCAUUCAAAACCAGAAGUACUGUUACUCAUGCCUCAGAUCAUUAGUGUGUUGAUAGUAGUUACAUUAUUUCAGAGAACUAUGAUUAGAAAAGAGAAAAAAAAAAAACCUCCAGAUGUAUUCAUUUCUAUCCAUGACUGACAUUAGAAUUGGAUUUAUGUUUGAUCCACUGUUGGGAAAUUUACAAUACAAUCUAUCAGAACCCCUUAUUUUAGCACUUUAUGGGAUUUUUAUUUUUUCCAUUAGGAACUAAUUUUUGACUUUCCACUUUGGUGAAUUUUCACUUUCUUUCCUCCCUGAAAAGGUUUCUUUACUAAUCUUAAAGUUGCAUGCUAUUUUUGUGGUAAUAUACUUAAGAAAGCACAAAAUAUGUAUCUCAGUUCCCAGGAGGUGGCUACACCCUUUAAAAUGGAAUGUAAACUCUGAGGGCAUUCAUUUGACAUCAAAUCCAUAAUUACUAAGUAUUUGGUUUCUGUGGGACAAGAUCAAGAAAUGGUAUAUGAGUUUUAUCUGUAGAAUUGUUUGGGAGAAUGUAUAAUCAGCAACUAGGUAUUUUCUCAGAAUUCCACAUUCUUUUGUCCUUAAUCAUCAGUCCUCAAACAAAAAAACCUUUGCAUUAAGCAUGCAUGCAUGCAUGUUGCUUCUUUAAAGUCCAGGAUAUUAAUAUCUAAACCAUAAUAUGAAUCCAAAAGUUUUUUGGCCACAUGGCACAAAACACCAAAUUCUGACUCCGUGGUUAAUAUCUCAGGAAAACUUCGGUCAGUGUUCUGUUUUUGAUCUCCACGGAUGUGAGAUUUUCUAGAUCAUAGAGUAUCUACUUAGGAAGAAAACUAGUUUCUAAUUUUAAAUAUGUAGGCAAGAAGGCAUUUUUACUCUUAAGAACCUUGAGCCAUGUUUUAUUUUAAUUCGGUACCAGAAUUUAUCAGAUUACAUGUGUACAGACAUACAAAAAAUAAUUUCCACAAAGCACUUGACAUCUAGUCAGCUUUCUACUCUUUUUUUCCAAAUCUCAGGGAUACUAUAAAUUAGAGCUGCUUCUCAAUAAAGUAGCAGAAUCCCCGUAUGUAAGAACUAUGAGGGCCAACAGAUGUCACUGAAUGAUAGCUUUAGUCUUCCUUCAUGUAGAUACAGCAAAUUUAACAGCUCUUCCAAGCAGCCAGGUCUGUCUCCCUUUCCCUCUAAAACUCUUCCUUUCUGUUCUGCCUGUUUUCUCCCAUGUCAAGUCAGAAUCGUUUAACCCUUCUAGAUUAAUUUUCAGUGUUGGAAUAUAGUCUUUUCCCUUUUAAACUAUGCAGUAAUUGAGACUUUCUGAUACCUAGACUGCCGGGCCUCUGCCUGUCACACCUCUGCUCUGUGCAUGUUCACCUUGCCCUUCACCAGCAUGAAAAAGCACAGGGUUUCUGCAUUUCAAAUAGCUAUGGGGUCUGCUGGAGACGGCCAGGCACAAAUUUAGUCUCCUCAUUUUGUUUACACAUUGGAAAAUUGUUUAUUAAAUGUUUUGUGUAACUAUGCCUGUUUUUUUUUUUAAACCAAGCUGGAAACUUGGGACUUUUGAAGUCUAGUUUUUAUUACGUGAAUACCAGACUAUUUUUUCAUGUGAUGUGUGUAGUGUCUCCUGAGUGGAGUUUGCUGUUACGUGGUAUCUGUACUCCUUGUAUUUUCGAGCACUAUUUUGAAAGCAGAUAAUGUAUUUCUCCAUUACAAACACAA